AAUGCUGGAUAGAGUGACUGGUUGGGAAUCAGUCAGCAUCUUUCUCUGAGAUCCAUUUGCUGUUUGCAGCAAGACAUUACUGCCCAAGCUCCCUGGGCAAAGUACAGAGAAGGAUAGAAAGUUGUGUUUUAAAAUGGCACUUCCAGUCCAACAGGCUGAAGAGCUACGACUCUACCAACAGACUUUGCUACAGGAUGGACUCAAAGAUAUGCUUGACCACAACAAGUUUAUAGAUUGCACUUUGAAGAUAAAGGAGAAACAAUUUCCAUGCCACAGGCUGGUUCUGGCAGCAUGUAGUCCUUACUUCAGAGCAAUUUUUCUCUCAGACAUAGAAGAGAGUAAGAAAAAUGAAAUUGAUCUUGAAGAUGUGGACCCAGAUGUAAUGGAGAAAAUUCUUCAUUAUAUUUAUACAUCAGAAAUUGAAAUAACCGAGGCAAAUGUGCAGGAUAUUUUUUCUGUGGCGAAUAUGUUCCAAAUCCCCUCUAUUUUCACAGUGUGCGUCUCAUUCCUUCAGAAGAAGUUGUGCCUUAGUAAUUGCCUAGCAAUUUUCCGCCUAGGUUUGAUGUUGGAUUGCCCUCGCUUGGCAGUAUGCGCUAGAGACUUCUUGAGCGAUCGGUUUAAUUUAAUCAACAGAGAUGAAGAAUUUAACCAGCUUUCCCCUGAUGAGUUGAUAGCCAUUAUUUCUAGUGACUCGCUCAAUGUUGAGAAAGAGGAAGAAGUCUUUGAAGUAGUAAUGAAAUGGGCGAAUAAAGAUAAGGAUAAUCGUGUCAAAGCAUUGCCGGUCGUCUUUGAAAGUAUUCGCUUUCGUCUUAUACCACAAGAUUAUUUAAAGACGAAGGUUGAAAUGAAUCCAUUAAUAAAAUCUAACGCAGAGCUCUUAAAAAAGAUACAGAUGGUUAAAGAUGCCCAAGAUGGGAAACUGCCAGACUUAAAAAAGAAAUUGGAAGGGAAAGAGGGAGAGGUAAAGGAUGGAGAAAAGGUUGUAAAUGGUGAUGUGGAAGAAGAGGAAGAGAUGCUUCCUGGAAUUUUAAAUGACACACUGAGAUUUGGGAUGUUCUUGAAGAAUCUCAUUUUCAUGAUAAGUGACACUGGGGCAGUGGCCUAUGACCCCUCUGCAAAUGAGUGCUUUUUUGCCUCGUUGUCAGCUCAGAUCCCCAAAAAUCAUGUCAGUUUAGUAACAAAAGAAAAUCAGGUCUUUGUGGCUGGAGGACUUUAUUAUAAUGAGGAAAAUAAAGAGGAUCCACUAAGCUCUUACUUCUUACAGUUUGAUCAUCUUGAUUCUGAUUGGCUGGGAAUGCCUCCGGUUCCAUCUGCAAGAUGUCUUUUUGGUCUUGGGGAAUCAGAAAACACCAUCUACAUUAUUGGUGGUAAAGAACUUAAGGAAGGAGAACAGACAUUGGACACAGUUUUGUGCUAUGACCGACCGUCUUUUAAAUGGGGCGAGUGUGACCCCCUGCCCUAUCAGGUAUAUGGCCACGCAGUGGUGUCACAUGAUAACCUAGUCUACGUUAUUGGCGGCAAAGGAAAGGACAAGAAAUGUUUGAACAGAGUUUCUGUCUACAACCCAAAAAAAUUUGAGUGGAAGGAUCUAGCACCAAUCAAAACUGCUCGCUCGCUGUUUGGUGCCACAAUUCACAAUGGGAAAAUCAUUAUUUCCACUGGAGUUACUGAUACUGGUUUGACCAACACCACUGAAGCUUAUGACAUUAAAGCCAAUAAAUGGGAAAGUUUCACAGAAUUCCCACAAGAACGGAGCUCUCUUAGCCUUGUCAGUCUGGAUGGGACGCUCUACGCUGUUGGUGGAUUUGCAACUGUGGAGGGUGAAGGAGAAGAACUGGUGCCGACAGAACUGAAUGACAUCUGGAGGUAUAAUGAAGACGAGAAGAAAUGGGAGGGCAUUCUAAGAGAAAUUCGCUACGCAUCUGGCGCAUCCUUCAUUGCUGCACGACUGAAUAUUCUCAGACUUACUAAAAUGUAACACCAGCAAAUGCCCUUAGAAUAUUUUUUUUAAAGAAGCACUACCAAAAACUGUAACAAAUAAACAUUUUUGAUUAUGUAUUUAACAGGACAGAGUUUAGUUCCCUUUAAAAGGAAAAAGUUAAAGGGUGCCCCUUUUAUCCUUUAGAAUUUCUGUGCAGAACGCUUCAUGUUGCUUUUUACAGGGUUUUCAAAUUCAAAGCCAUUCCAGUCCAUUUGAAAACCUAGUGAUAAACUCCCUACUACAAGCGUUUCUUAUUAAUUUGUUGCAUAAUUACUCUCAAAUACGUUGCAUGGGGAAAACUUUGAGGUUUACCCCGUCCAUCAAAAAACAUUUCCAGCAGGCUUUGGAUUACUUUUUUGAUUUUCCUAAUUCAACAGCCCCACUUAUUUAAAAGCCAUUAUAGCCUGUUUUCACUAUUGUCAUAUUUUAUUUUGUUCAAUGUCUGAAGACUUGUUAAACACCACUUGCUUUUGUCUAAAAAUUUUGCUUUGUCCCACACUCCUUAUAGAGGCCGAAAAGCAAAAUAUGCAACUUAGGUUUUCAAAAUGCUGCAAAUAGCCUAAACCAGCUAUUUAAUUUGCAGCAUUUGUAGGAAUUUGCUUUUUGGCCUCUUAGCAAAUGUGGGACAUGCACAAUUAUUUAACAAAUCCCGAUCUUAGUGUGUUGAAUUUUGACGAGAAUAAAUCCAGCUCCAAAAAGAGCUGAAUGCCGCAAGGGGUCGCCUUCUUCAUUCAGAGGCAUCCAAAACCUCUGAAUGUACCUGCCUAAUAAUCAGUUCACAAGUUAAAGGGAAAUAAAACCCAAAUUUGUUUCUUUUAUGAUUCUUUCAAAUUUACUUCUAUUAUAUAAUUUGUUUUGUUCUCUUGGUAGCCUUUGUUGAAAAGAAUACUUGAGUAGGCUCAGGAGCUGCUGAUUGGUGGCUGCACAUAUAUGCCUCAUGUUUUUGGCUACCAGUAGUGUAAUGCUGCUUCUUCAACAAAUGAUACCAAAAGAAUGAAGCAAAUAAAUUAUAGCAAAGUAAAUUUGAAUGUUGUUUAAAAUUGUAUUCUCUAUCUGAAUCAUGAAAGAAAAUUUUUGGGUUUUAAUGUCCCUUUAAUUAACAAAACAUUUUUUUGUUUGUUUAAUAAAAUAUGCAAUAAAAUACAGAUUGCUGUUUGCAAUUAAGUCUUUGGAGAUUUAAAAAAAAAAAAAAAGUUAAAUUAUACAUCUUAAACUAUCAUUAACAGUGGUAAAGAAAUGUCUUUAAACACAUUAGGCAUGCCUCAUCAUUGCUACCUUGUUUUAAUUUUUAUUUGUGCAUAUUUUCUCUGCUAAGGUCUGUGAAAAUCCUUGUGAAAAACAUUACUGAAAAGCCAUACAAUGUUGUUUAUAGUUAUUUUGAGUGUUUAACAAGAUUUUCCUGUUAUAUUGUUUGGACAUUUGAGCAAAGAAAUUCUAUUGGAUGCAAUUCUAUUGGCUGUGCAAAAUGAAAGUGCUGUAUCAUACCUAGGUAUUAGGAACUCAGGAGAUUGUGGGAGGGGUCACCAUGUGGGUGGUGUCAAGAUGGAGUGGAUAGCAGGAGUGAUAAUGCAUAGAUCAUGUCUGAGCAGGGAAAUUCUGCAAAUAGGGACAGAGCUUAGAAUUAAGGACUGUUCCUCUCAUAUAGCGACAGCUGCGAGGUCAGGGCUAUAUUUUGUUGUUUUGAAAUAUGCAGUGUCUAUUCCAGUUACCCAAACGAGCAAACAUUUUGGGUUCCAUUUUGACUUUUAUUUUAUUUCUUAGCAGCCACUCAGUAUCACUCGCUCUCCAAUAAUAAAACCACCACGUAUGCUUCCAUUUCCAAAUAACAUUAUUUAUACCAAUAUACCUAUUAUGUAAUCAAUUGUAUUUUUAAAAACUAUAUUUUAGAUCAGAAAUAUUUUACGCAAAAAAUAUUUGUACCAUUGAGCAUAUUUAGGUCUAAUGAAGAUUUUUGUGAUCGUAGAAUUUUGAUAGAAAUUUUCUGACAAUAAAAGUAACAAAAAAAGCUAAAAAAAACAA